AUGUCUGCGAGCCUCUCCAUCAGCGGGAAUCAAAAUAUUCCAACGCACGAGGACAAAACGUCCCCCGAAAUGAGUCUGAGAACCAACGCCAAUGGCAUGAUUCUCAUUCCCCAGCCGUCCGAUGAUCCCAAAGACCCCUUGAAUUGGCCCCUGUCGAAAAAAAUUACUGUGGUAUCGGUGCUCUUCCUGAGUAUGUUUGUGGGCUUCGCAGCACCAUUUGUCGGACAGCUUAACAUCCAGCAACAAGCGAAGCUAUACCAUAAACCAACAAUCCAGAUUACCUAUUUUAACAGCGCAGCAUCUGCAGGUCUCGCAACCGGCGGUUUUAUUUGGUGGCCAUUGUCGCACAAAUUUGGCCAUUCAGCCGUCAUUUUCUGGUGUUUAGUUGGAGUACUUGCGACUCAAAUAUGGGCUCCGUUGAUGACGAGACCAGAUCAAUACGUGCCUUAUCUAAUCUCUCGAUACUUUUCAGCUUUUUUCGGAGUCGUGGUUAGUAUUCUAGGCCCGAAAUAUCUGACCGACAUGUUCUUCCUCCACCAGCGUGGCCGCGCAUUCACAGUGCUGCAUCUUGCGUUGAACUUUGGAGCAUCAGCGGGGCCAACUUUUUCUGGCUUUGUCGCCGCAAACUCGUACUGGCCGAUUGAAUACUGGUGGCAUGUUGGUCUGACUGCGUUCACUCUAUUUCCAGUAUUCUUCUUCCUUGAAGACACUACGUACCAGCCAUUCAAGGAGAGAAGCCACGAAUCAACUGCUCAGAGCUUCCUCAGCCAGCGAUUUGAGACCUUCUUCAAAGGUGGCAGGAAUGGCCAGUCUAUAUCUUGGGGCGCCAUGUUCAAAGUGUUUUUCCGCCCAUUUAAGCUAUUCACGGCCCCGGUCAUACUAAUCAUUGCGGGCUUUGACACAAUCAGCUUCGCAUUUUAUGUGGCGUUAAAUGCAUUAACUCCGGUCUGGUUACAACUGCCCAAGAAGGCCCAUGGCAUAUAUGGCUUUUCAGUCGCAGACAACGCAGCAUUUACCUUCGUUCACUGGAUUGGUUGCAUCAUCGGCCUAAUCUAUGGUCAUAUGGUCAGCGAUCGAAUUCCGCUAUGGUUUAUCAAACGCAACAACGGCGUCUGGAAACCGGAGUACCGCUUGCAUGCCCUGUGGCCGAUUAACUUCGUACUCAUGCCGCUAGGUCUCGGCCUUGUGGGCAUCGCAAUGGAGUAUCGUCUACACUGGAUCGUGAUGGCUAUCGGACAACUCCUUGUCACCAUCGGAUCCUUGGUAAGCAUCCCUGUGACCGUCAACUACAUAUGCGAAUGCUUUCGAACACACACCACGGAGGCAACGCUGAUUCUCAACUCGCUCCGCCUGUGGUUUGGGUUGUCCAUCAAUUUUUAUGUAAAUCCGUGGAUUGAUAAGGUUGGUAUUGAAUGGGUGUAUGGAAUGAUGGCUUUCUUUUGUGUCUUUGCUUUCUUAUUCUUGAUCUUGUUAAUCCUGUUCGGACAUGUAAUAAGGGAGGCUACACCAUUUAUUGAGUCCAAGUCCGAGGAAGGGCAGCAUGUUCUUGCCGAUGGAGAGAGAACGGAGCAUACUUCUAAUGUUUGA